ACUGGCUCAUAAAUCUUUCUGUGGAUCUGGGCCAACUUCAAUGAAAACCAUUCUCUUCCCCCAAAACUCAUCCUCUCCCUCCCUCCUUUAACAUCUCUCCCUCAGUACUUCUCCCAUACUUCUGUCCCAAAUUCAUCAUCUCAGCAACACUCAACAACUCACUGUUAUUGUAUCUCUGAGUUCAGGUACCUGUGCUCUCCUGCAAUCUACAAGUAGCUAAUGUGAAGGAAAGAAAGUGAUGCAGACAGACAGACAGGGGAAAGCAGAGAGGAGGGGUUAGAUUAGGGAAGAAUGUAAAAAUAGAUGGAUCAAAUAAAAAGAUAAAGUAAAGACUGCUGGAGAGGGCUGUAAGAAGAGUACACCCUCACAGGCGCCGGUGAGACUGGAAAAGAAAGGUAUCUCGCAACAAGGAGAAGACAGACAACUCUAACAGGGGAAUUAAGCAACAGAGGAAAGCAGUGACAGAGACCCUGGAUUUUUUUAUAUAUAGCCUCCUGGAUGUUUCAACCAUGAACAUGAGUUUGACCUUUGAGCUGAUUCUGUUUCUGAGUCUUUACGUUUGGGCAGCCAUGGGAGGCAGAGCUCAGCGCAAACAGCGACAAGCUGAGGAGAGCUUGAAACCAUACAUUGGCAGGGUGGAUCCAGAAAAGCUUUGCGAGCUACUGAAAUGCCACAGUCCAGUGGGAUCUUGGUGCCAGGUUGUUCUGGAAAAUGGAGUCCUCAUCCCAAAGUGUGUCUGUCCUCAGUCCUGUUCAUGGCAGAGGGCACCAGUGUGCAGCGUUCUGGGAAAAACCUAUGGGAAUGAGUGUUUGCUGCAUAAAGAAGCCUGCAGAAAGAGACAUCGAAUCGGACUGGCACACUCAGGACCCUGUCUGGUCCCAAGGGCUAAAUGCACUGAAGAGGAGUUCAGCCAGUUUCCAUAUCGUCUCCUCGACUGGUUUCUACUCUUGAGUCGUAUGGGGGAAUCUUACGCACCUGCUCCCCCACCCCAGAGCUGCCUCAGCCACGCCCAGAGGACUCAACUGGCACAGCAAAGAUUUACUCUACUGGACAAGAACAAGGAUGGCAAUUUGAGCCGUCGGGACCUGAGGAAGCUGGGUUACAAAAGGAUGCCUCUGGAGCACUGUGCUGCACAGUUCUUUCAGUCAUGUGACCAUAACAGGAACAGGAAGGUGACCCUGCGGGAGUGGACAACCUGUCUGGUGGAUCGUUCAGAGUCCUGGUUCUUCCAUUUUAUGUCGAUGAAAAUGGGCUCCCGCAAGCUGUGUCCUACAAUCAAAGAGAACAACCUCUGACUCCUGAAGGUCUUUAGUUCUUCACUCAACAUGCUGCAGACAAGUUAUCUGAUUCAAAAGCUACAAGACAACAUCUCUACUGCUCCCUCUUUCAAUCUCCAAUUGUAGUUCACUUUACAUCCCAGUGUGUUAUAAAGAGAUCUAUCACCUCAUCAAACAGGACUCUGCUGGUAAUCUGUGCACUCAUGUGUGUACUUAAAUGAGACAAUAAAUGUCUGGAUGGACUGACCGCUACAGCGUUAAUGACAUUAGCUGACAUUUGUACAUUUGUGCUAUAAAAGAGCAGAGACAAUAGGCAACACUAAGAACCUAAUUGCAUGGCAUGCUUUGAAUGACCAAUUAAAAAAGAGUGUAGACAGACAGGGUGAUGUAUACUGAAUGACAAUGGGAAUUAAAAGACAAGGAGGAAAGAGACCCUGUGCAUGGGAUGACGUGACCAGGAAGAGACAAAGAGAUCAUAAAGAGGGGGGUGAAGGAGAAAAGAGGAGUAAAGUGUCAUGAUGCACUGGAGGAGAGCAAAGUGACUGAAAGGAAGAAGAGAGGAGUAUAAAGUGUGUUUGUGGAAGAUGGAGGGAAGGAGGUAAUGCACUGUAAAUGGGAGUUGAGAGUAAUGGAGUAAUGCAUAAAAAAUGGAUCAGAAAUGAGGGAAAGACUGAGAACGGAGAGUAAGAGGGGGGAAGGGAUGGCUGGGAGGAAUUGAGGAGAAGACUUAGUGCGAGAAAAAUAAAAGGUUUUGAUGCUGCGUAAGAUUUCCUUUACAUCCGACUCUACAUUUUCAAGCAAGAUGCAGAAUAUUUGAAACACUUACACUCUGCUGAGGUCAAAGAACUUAAAUGCAAGCUUGCUGCCUUUCCCUAUGUUUGCACCAUCUAUUAUAA